AUGUUAACAGGUAACCAAACGGCUGUAGUGGAGUUCAUUCUGCAGGGAUUCUCAGAAGACCCACAAGUCCGGGCCCUGCUCUCGGUCCUUUUUGUCCUCCUCUACCUGACAGCUAUUGUAGGAAACGGCCUCAUCAUUACACUCAUCACUCUGAGCCCAGGUCUGCACACCCCCAUGUACUUCUUCCUUGUCAACCUGGCUCUUUUGGACAUCAUGUGUACAACCACUGUUCUCCCCAAGCUUCUGGAGAGUUUGUUAGUCCAGGUGGACACUAUUUCCUAUCAAGGAUGCUUGGCCCAAAUCUUCUUCCUGAUCUGGUCACUUGGUGCUGAGUUGCUGUUGCUCACAGCCAUGGCAUUUGACCGCUAUGUGGCCAUUUGCCAGCCACUUCGGUAUGGCACCAUCAUGAGUUGGCCACUGUGUGUACUGUUAGCUGUAGCAGUGUGGACAAUCACUGUACUCAAUACAUCUGUGCACACAGGACUCAUUACACAGCUGACCUUUUGUGGCCCCAACCACAUCCAACAUUUCAUGUGUGAAGCUCCCUCACUGUUGUUACUGUCUUGUAGUCCCACAAUCAUAAACAAUGUCAUGAUUAUAGUGGCUGAUGUCUACUUUGGUGUGGUCAACUUCUUUCUCACCAUGGCCUCUUAUGGCUACAUUGUGGCUAGCAUCCUACGCAUCCGCUCAACUUCAGGCAAGCGCCGAGCCUUCUCUACCUGCUCCUCCCACCUCCUGGUGGUCACCUUGUACUAUUCCACUGUCAUCUACACCUACUUGCUUCCUGGUUCUGGUGCCUCCACAGCAAAUGGCAAGGUUGUGACUGUGUUGUACACAGCCGUCAGCCCUGCCCUGAACCCGCUCAUCUACACAUUGAGGAACAAGGAUGUGAAAGCUGCCCUCCAGAAGGUGGCCCCUGUCUCCUGGUGA